AAAGAAGGGUUUACAGACUUCAUAAAACCUUUGGUCAAGUUUAAUAUUUUUAUUCAAACAUCCCUAUUGAAUUUUAAUUAAAAUGUUGAUCAAUAGAUGUUUUAAUAAUAGAAUUUGUAGUUUAUAUGAAUGAUGUAAUUUUGAAAUCUUAAAUUAGAUCAUUCUUAAAUGUAUAAGGAUUUAGGCAGAUGAAGUCCAAAUUAUAAUAGAAAUUUUGGGUUGAAUAUUUGAUGAGUAUUUUUCAGACUAUUGACUUUCUUAUUUUUUAUGAGAAACUUAUUUUAUCGAACUUUAAUUGGUCAGAGUAAGACUGAGAGAUUUACUAAAAAUUAAAUCACCUUUAAGAAAAUUUAAUUGAUCAAAUUAGUUAAAUCUAAAAUAAAGCUACAAUUAUAAGCAAGAACCACCAAAAAGUUGGGAAUGUGAAGAAAUAAUUUAAAUAUAAUUAGUAAAAUAUAAACAAUUUUUGAAUCUUGAGAGCUGAAAUAAUUGA